AUGGCGCAGCCCUCAACAGCCCAAGCCGAGUCAUCCAGUGCAACAACACCAUUCGUCUCAAAAUGGGCAUCUAGAUAUCGCGGCGCCGCAGUAGAAGACCUCCAACCUCCCGCAGCCCUCUCCCUCACGCCCUCGGACCCCAUCUCCCUCGCCCUGACCCUCGCCUUCGAGCGCGACUACACCCACCUCACCAUCAUCGACAGCGAGACCCGCAGCCUCCUCGGCUACAUCGCCAUCCCCCAGCUGCAGGCCCUCCUCGACGGCGGCAAGGUCAAGCCCGAUGACCACAUCGCCAGCGCCAUGACCCGCUUCCAGCGCAAGGGCAAGAAGUACAAGGUCAUCACUAUGGACACGCCGCUGGAGGAGCUCGAGGCCUUCUUCGAGGGCGCCGAGACCGCGGGCCAGAAGCAGGAGUUUGCCGUCGUCACCGAUGACAACCGCCGCUUCGUCCUGGGCGUUGCCACGAGGGCCGAUCUGGAGGAGUUCGUGAAGAGGAGGCCAGCUUAG